AUGCCCGGCUGCGGGGCUGCGCCUCCUGCCGUCGGAGCCCUGAGGGCGCCUAGAGGAGCCGAAGAGCCGGCGAAAGUGGCGGCGGCGUUGGCGGCGGCAGCGCCUCCAGCGAGCAGCCGGGAGCUGGAAGUGCGCGGGGGCGCCGCUUCCUCCUCGUCUUCGCUGCCCGCGGCGGUGCGGGGCGCGCUGGAGCUGGCGGAAGCCCGGCGGCGGCUGCUGGAGGCGGAGGGGCGGCGGCACCUGGUCUCGGAGCUGGAGAGCCGCGUCCAGCACCUGCACCGCGUCUUCCUCGAGGCCGAGCUGCGCAUGGCCACCCGCGCCGAGACGCUCGGCCGCCUGGGCAGCGGCGUGGCGCAGGCCGAGCUGCACCUGACGGCGCACGGGCAGCGGCUGAAGAAGAGCGCGCGGCGCUACAAGAAGGCCCGCCCGCCCGCCCUGCUGGCCUCGGCGCUGGCCCUGAGCAGCUGCGUGCCUUGGGCGGCCUGCCGGAUGCGGCGAGGGGGCGGCCCGGAGCCCCCGGAAUCCCCGUUCCGGAGGAGUUUGCAGGGCGCGACGCCUUUGAGCCAGACGGAGCCCUUAUCCGGCGCGGAGCAGCGGAAGAGCAGCGCCGCCGCUUCCUGA